UGUCGGAGAGCUGUGACUCGGCCCUGCUGUUAGCAAAAUGUCUUCUGGAAAUGCAAAAAUUGGGUAUCCUGCCCCCAACUUCAAAGCCACAGCUGUUAUGCCAGAUGGACAAUUCAAAGAUAUCACCCUAAGUGAAUACAGAGGAAAAUAUGUCGUUUUCUUCUUUUACCCUCUUGAUUUUACUUUUGUGUGCCCCACUGAGAUCAUUGCUUUCAGUGAUAGGGCAGAAGAAUUUAAGAAACUGAACUGCCAGGUGAUUGGAGCUUCUGUGGAUUCUCACUUCUGUCAUCUGGCAUGGAUUAAUACACCCAAGAAACAAGGAGGAUUGGGACCCAUGAACAUUCCCUUGGUAUCAGAUCCAAAGCGCACCAUUGCUCAGGAUUAUGGAGUCUUAAAGGCUGAUGAAGGUAUCUCUUUCAGGGGCCUUUUUAUUAUCGAUGAUAAAGGUAUCCUUCGACAGAUCACUAUAAAUGAUCUUCCUGUUGGCCGAUCUGUGGAUGAGAUUCUGAGACUAGUCCAGGCCUUCCAGUUUACUGACAAACAUGGUGAAGUGUGCCCAGCUGGCUGGAAACCUGGUAGUGAUACCAUCAAGCCUGAUGUCCAAAAGAGCAAAGAAUAUUUCUCUAAGCAGAAGUGAGCACUUGGGGCCAUUUUUCUGCCAGGCUGCACCAG